CCCACAAUUAACUUAAACGAAUACAUACGAGACGUGGCCAGGUUAAAAGGUACCAAGGUCAUGUGUCGAGAAGGUGGUUGUGGUGCCUGUACUGUAACAGUGUCUGUUCAGACUGUCGAUUUAAAUAAUUCACAUACAUUCUCUAUUAACUCAUGCCUCUGUCCUUUGUAUAUAGUGGAUGGCUGGGUAAUAACGACUAUAGAGGGUCUUGGUAACACGGACAAUGUUGCUCAUCCAAUACAAACCAGAAUAGCAGAGCAUAAUGGGUCACAAUGUGGUUACUGUACUCCCGGAAUGGUCAUGAAUAUGUAUGGAUUACUUCAUCAAAACCCACAACCCAAUAAAGAAUUCAUAGAAAACAAUUUUGAUGGUAAUAUUUGCCGAUGUACCGGCUACAGACCUAUUCUAGAUGCCAUGAAAUCAUUUGCA